CGAUCUUCCUCGACCGAGCCGACCCAUGACUUGUCUCGGACCAACAACUGCCGCAUCGGACUUCUGCCAGGUUAGAAAUUUCCUCUCUAGUUCUCGUUCUCAUCACUUGAAGGCAAUACCUCAAGAUAUCUCGGCCUACAUGGAGCCCUCGGAGCAACCUCAUCGGUCUCAUUGGCGAAAGCGCAAAGCCGUGAAUUGCGGGGAAUGCCGACGCUCCAAGUUACGAUGCGAUCGCCAGCACCCAUGUGGCGCUUGUAAACGGCGUCGACGCGAGGCCAGCUGCUCCUAUGAGAUUUCCCCUGUUGCACCUGGGUCAGCCCAGAGUUCGACAGCGCCAGGUUCUGCCCAGGCGGCAGCAGUGAUGGGUGAUGGAGUAGAGCACCAGGACACUCCGAGAUCAAAUGGUGCCAGUGCUUCGGUUCUACUGUCGCCCGAAACGAUCCAAUCUCCCCUACAUACACGCUGGGAAACCGUCCUUGAGAGGCCAGCCCCGGAAUACGAUGCUAAUGAUACCUUGCCGUUUCUUUCAAUCGCUCCGCGCAUGUCAGUUCAAGAGAUUCUCGAUUCUCUUCCUCCUAGGUCCUGUUGCGACUAUUUGAUCUCCCACUUUUUUAAAAAUAUUUUUGUAUUGUUCCCUAUUCUCCAUGGGCCUACUUUCCAAAAGCAGUAUACAGCGUUCGUUCGACAGCCUCAGGAUGUCGACUUAUCGUGGCUGGCCUUGCUUUUUUCCUUAUGCUCUUUGGCUUUGAAUACUAUGGAUGAAAGUGAUCCUAGGCUGUUAUCUUUGUGGCCUCCACAGCCUUCAGGCCCCAUACGAGCUCCUGCCACGGUUUUGACGUCUCACCAUCUCCUGCGGAUGGCGAUGACCUGUCUAUUACAGGAUGGUUUCAUAUUCCGGCACAAAUUCAGCACAUUCGAGGCUUUACUCACGGUAAUCUACUGUCUAUCCCACAAUGAGUCUGUCGAUCAGGGCUGGGCAUUAUUGGGGAUGGCGCUAAACAUUGGUAUCGCAUUACGGUGCAACAUGGACCAGAACCUAAGUCCCAUUGAGACCGAAAGACGGCGACGCUGUUGGGCUGGUCUCUUGACGCUACAUACAUAUCAGGGCAUCCUAUUUCGCGAUGUUGAUAUGUCAUAUCUUCUUAACAUUAAGGCCAUCUUGCCAGCAGACGUCAAUGAUUCUGAUAUUACAGAUGAAGGCAUAUCCGAGUCACCCGGUCGUGGUGAGCCUACACAGAUGUCAGUCAUGAUGGCCAAGAUUCGGCUCUUCCGGCUUUCUACACAAAUGUGUCGUCAUAUAUCGGGACCUUCGCGGCUAGACCAACGUUCACUACAUCAAUGGGAUGCAGCAAUAGCUGAGGAGCAAAAGAAAUGGGACUCGAUGUAUAUGAUCGAUGGUUCUCCAAAUCUUUUGGAACCUACUCAAUACGCAUAUUGGUGUGUCUUACAGACAUACGCACAUCACCUCUACCUCCUUCUCCACCGACCAUUCCAUCAUUCGAGGGCAGCUUCAUUUCUUUCGACGUCUAGAGAAAGAUGCAUCAGCUCUAGCACAGCCUUAAUAUCUAUUCACAAACAGAUUUAUGAAGCCCCGUUACUUCGAAAUUAUCUGUGGUUACUUAGUGGGGUGACAAGCUUGAAGGCGCUUCACGCAGCUGUGGCCCUCAAUUCCUGUCUUCAAGAUGAGUCAAUGACAGUUGAUCCACGAUACAACUUGGACUCCUUCCGGGAGGAAAUUAAAUCUCUGGCUCUUCGGAUGAAAGCCCUCUCAGAUCGAAGUAGAAUCUGUUCUAAGGGGCAUCAGAUACUUGAUCAUUUGCAAACUCAAUCAGGGGUAGGAAACGCCCCGAUGACGGGUACAAGAACUCAGCUUGAAAACCUGUUCGGAGAUUGGGCUGAUAUUCGGGACUGGAUAGACAUCGAUAUGAUCAAUUGGGACUUAGAGGAAAGCUUGAACUAAGUAGUUCCUCAUACAGAUAUCUUAUUAAAUAGAACUGUGUACCUUGAGAUCAUCCUAAGUAGUCCCUACAGCAUCAUGGCAGCUCAAGUUUCAUGUGAAAAGGGACUUUUACGCGUCAUGAUUGAGCCGUUGCCCCUAUUUUCCUUUUCCACUUGAAAGAGGACACUCAAUAUAAGUGCCGCGGCCACACUCUUAAUGGCAAGGCGGGUGCUUAAUGGCCUGCUUGCUUCUUUGCUUACAAGCCUGUAACCUGUAGUACUCGAGAUUGCGAGCCUCGUCUGUGGGGUUCAGGGGUG